AUGGCGGAGAAGAAGCCUAACAUUUUGUACAUCAUGGCUGACCAGAUGGCAGCUCCUUUGCUGUCUCUGCAUGAUAAGAAUUCCCCCAUUAAGACCCCAAACUUGGAUCGACUUGCCGAGGGAGGUGUGGUCUUUGAUUCAGCAUACUGUAACUCGCCGUUGUGUGCUCCCUCUCGCUAUGUGAUGGUCAGUGGCCAGCUGCCAUCUAAGAUUGGGGCUUACGAUAACGCUGCCGAUCUGCCCGCGGACACACCAACUUACGCCCACUAUCUACGACGGGAAGGUUAUCACACGGCUUUGGCCGGUAAAAUGCACUUCUGUGGUCCCGACCAGCUGCAUGGUUAUGAGCAGCGCUUGACAAGUGAUAUCUACCCCGGUGAUUAUGGCUGGUCUGUUGACUGGGAUGAGCCGGAAAUUCGCCAGGACUAUUAUCAUAACAUGUCCUCGGUUCUGGAGGCUGGACCUGUCGUGCGUACCAACCAGUUGGAUUUCGACGAGGAGGUUAUCUACAAGUCCCAGCAGUAUCUAUAUGACCAUGUGCGCCAGCGCACUGAUCAACCUUUCUGUCUGACCGUGUCCAUGACCCACCCUCACGACCCUUAUGCUAUGACCAAGGAGUACUGGGACAUGUACGAGGAUGUCGAUAUUCCACUUCCUAAGAACGGCGCAAUCCCCCACGAUGAGCAGGACCCUCACUCCCAGCGUCUGCUGAAAUGCAUUGACCUCUGGGGUAAGGAGAUGCCCGAUGAUCGUAUCCGUGCUGCUCGCCGUGCCUACUACGCAGCCUGCACCUACGUCGAUACCAACAUCGGAAAACUGCUGAAGGUGCUGGAGAACACCGGGCUCGACGAGAACACCAUUAUCUGUUUCACCGGAGACCACGGUGACAUGCUUGGCGAGCGCGGUCUGUGGUACAAGAUGACCUGGUUCGAGAACUCCGCUCGCGUUCCGAUGCUCUUCUACGCUCCCAAGAAAUUUGACGCCAAGCGCAUCCCCCAGAAUGUCUCCACCAUGGACCUGCUCCCUACAUUCGCAGACUUGGUCGGCGCCCCACUCAUCAAGGAACUGCCGCUGGACGGUGUCUCCCUCAUGCCGUACCUGACUGGCGGCGAAGGACCUCGCACCGACACUGUAUACGGCGAGUACAUGGGAGAGGGAACCCAAGCCCCUCUUAUUAUGAUUCGUCGUGGCCGCUGGAAGUUCAUCUACUCAACCAUCGACCCACCCAUGCUCUUCGAUCUUGUCGCCGAUCCAGACGAGAAGAACAACUUGGCUACCGGUCUCCCGCUACCAUCAACCACGCGAGCCGCAACAGUGAAACCCGGUUACCCUCUAACUGUUUCAACCGGUCUCCCAACUCCCAACGAUACUCCUCGCGUAUCUCCAAUUCCUCAGCGUGCAAGCGACUCUCCAAUUUCUUACCCCUUCCCAACUCCAACACCUCCACGCACCCCCAGCCCAGCCAAGUUCCAGGCUCUGCCAGAAACCACCGACCCAGCUAAGCUGCUAGCUUAUUUCCUGGAAGAGGUUGCUACCCGCUGGGACAUGGAGAAGAUCCGCCAAGAUGUCCUGACCUCUCAGCGCCGUCGUCGUCUCGUUUACUCUGCACUGAUCCAGGGUACACCCACGACCUGGGACUGGGAGCCUCGUGUUGAUGCUAGCAAGCAGUACGUGCGUAACCAGGGUAAGGGUGUUUUGGAUGACGUUGAGCUCAUCUCGCGCUGGCCUCGCGUUUUGCAGCAAGCUGCGAAUGAGAAUGGUAUUAAGAUUUAA